GCAGAUUUGAGCCGGCUUUAAUAUAACAAUCUUCGCCACAUUUGAGCGUGCUCGUGUUCCCAUUUAUGGACCCGAAUUUUGAAACAAAAAAUUGGCACUGUGGCACAUAGGUACUGGCGUCACCGCCACCUUCGCAUUUGGGCGAGUGCAUGGGGUCGCCCAUUUCCCUUCUAUGUGUGAGCCCGGGCGCAAUUCCUUCUCCAUAGACGUGCUAGCUAACUCAAACGAUCCUAGCUAGCCACUCUACUCCACGACCCACAGACUACUGCGUUCUGCGCCGACUGCUGAAAGCCUUUUCCACAACCUUCGUUCUUCUAUAGCCCACGAUGAGUCUCGCAACGAGUAACAUUUUUGCCGCUCUUGACACUAAGAAGGUGAAGAAAUCCAGCGGCAAGACUAAGAAGGACGGCGAGAAGAAGAAGAAGCCGACCGAGGCCAAGAAGGCUGUAGACACCGCUGAGCUUGAGAAGCAGCUGUUCUCUCAGCCUGUGGGACUCGCCAGCUGGGCCGACGAUGAGGACGACGACUUUACCGCCCCGGUAGACGCCGGCUGGACGCAAGCGCCGCGUGGUGGCGCCCCCGCUGUGGUUGCUGCCAACGGGACGCAUGACGAGGAGGAGGAGGACGAUGAGCACGACGAAGAGGAGCACGACGAGGAGGAGGAGAUAGACCUGGAGGCGGAGCUCGGCGUGGAGCUCGGGACGGGCGACGAUGGCGAGCACGAAGAGGAGGAGAGCAAGGAUGAGCCUGCGCCAGCCCCCGCUCGCGCGGCCGCGGCGCCCGCGAAGCAGACUCAGCAGGAGCAGCAGCUGUCGAAGAAGGAGCUGAAGAAGAAGGAGCUUGAGGACCUGGACGCCGUGUUUGCGGAGCUGGGCAUCAGCGUGGCCGCCAAGGCGGCGGCGGACGCGGCGGCGGCGGCGGCCGCCAACGGUGAGAGCAAACGCAAGAAGAAGGACAAGAAGAAGUCGCCCGAGGGCGCUGAGGGCGCGGCGCAGACGGCGGCGGCUGCGGCGCCGGAGGAGCCCGCGAGCGAGGAGCCGGGCAGCGAGGACGUGGACGAGGCGGGAGCGCCACUCGACCCCGCGGCGGUUAAGGCCAAGCUGGCCGCCAAGAAGAAGGGCGCUGAGGCGGCGGCCAAGAAGAAGACGGCGUCCAGCGCGGCGGUGCUGGCGGAGGCCAAGCUCCGGCAGGAGAAGGCCAAGAAGAAGAAGGACACCAAGGCGUACAACCAGAUGCCCACCCGGUAAGCAGCCGCGGCGGGGACGGCCUGCUGCCAGCUGGCGGUUGAGGCGGGUGCCAAGGCGGAGGCGGCGGCUGCCGCAGGGCGAGCGGCGGGAGGCGGCAUUGCAGGGCAGUGCGGCGGGAGGUGAGGAGGCGGAGGCAGCGGCGAAGCGGAGAUGCGGAGGUGCCGGCGACCAGCAAGUACAGCAGACAUAAGCAGGCCGGACGGCAGUGGUUGCUGCUGGCGCUGCUGCUGCUGGCGCUGCCUAGUGGGCGAUGCAGCGGCGGCCCAGCGGCGGCACAGCGGCGGCACAGCCCACAGGGUUGUGCUGGCCGAGGCCAGCUUGGGCUGGUGCGGAUGCUGGCGCUGGUGCUGGACUGGUGCUGGUGGUGGGGCUGGUGGUGGGGCUAAUGGCGUGGAUACUGCCGAGCCGUGGGGCCGGCAGAAUACAGCAGCUUGACAGCUAGGUCGGCAGGGAAAGGCCAGUGCGGCACGCACAAGAUCUGCGUCGAAGCACAUCAGUGCUGGCGGCUCGCCUGGGGCUAGGGGCAGUGCAGGCGGCGAGGGCCACCGGCGUUGCGGCCUGCUAGAGCGUGGGGUCGUGCCGAGCCGGCGAGGCAAGUCGGCCGAUGCGGGCCCGCACAGGUCUUUCAAAGACAUGCACAUGCACAUAUGCGGGGAGGGGAUCCAGAGCUGAAGCGUUCAUGGCGCGCCCAUGGUGUGCGCGCGGCGGGGCGCUUUCGUUACACGAGUGUACACGUGUGUAUGUGUGUAUGUGUCGAGUGCGUCUUCGAUUCACUGGGUGUUCCUGAACGUGCGUGUGUUUGUGCGGUUUGCUGUCGAGGCGCUUCGGUGCAGGCGAUAGCCGCACUGCACGCCGCGGGGGUUUGCGGCUGGCGAGUGAAUCGUCCGCGGUACCGCCACGUGCGUUUUUUUUCAGCCGGCGCGGCCGCUGCCCGGGCGCCAGAUUGAAACUUACUAUCUAGCCAAGCAUCCGGGCACACAGGGCGGGCCACAGGGCCUGAGUGCCAAAGCCUGGCCGCUCCAUUUUACCCCGCAGUCGAGUAGUGUUAGGCGCGGAGAGCAGGCGGUAACUGUCAUGUGCGCGAUUUAACCAGAAUGCUGCGUAUGCGAUGGCGGCGUGUGUCCUCUGUCUGUUGUCUGCACGAGAGUGUGUCUGUCUCAGUUUGCUUUGUGGUCUGUUCGCUGGGGCUGCCAUAACAUUUGCAUGGCUCCCCUGUCAAUCGCGUAAACGCGCGCUUGACUGCCCGACAGCUGUGCACGGUUGCCUUGAUUCUGGCGAGCCCUGAGAGCUCACGGGGUCGCCCACAUUCUCAGAUUGGGUGCAGCACGAGUGCUGCGGCCGGGCGUUGGGUCCCGGCGGACAGUGGCGUUGCGUCUAUAAUGUGGCUGCCAUAUGUGUGCUGCGAUUUAGGACGAUGCACGUAGCAAGCCAACGGUCGUUGCGGCAGGAGGUGCGCAGGUCAGGCCGUAGGGUGAGAGGCCCCACGGGUUGGGAGGCCGUGGGGGUUGGAGGAGAUUGUCGCCCGGCGCACGGGCUCUAGUCCCCGGACCAUGAUUGGCGAGCAAGGCGGGCGGGGGGCAGGCGCUCCCGCCCAGGCAGGAGAGGGGGCAGGACUGAAGGACUGCUGUGCCGUGGUGCGGGCGAGGACACCAAGUGACGGCGGGGACCCCACGAGCCAGGAGUAAGAAGGCACCGGGAGUUGCGGCCUGCUCCAUCAGCAGGAGCCGGAAGCAAGAGCGCGAGAAGGCGCUGUGUGUAAAGGCACGAGGAG